AAACCCACUCACACACUGUGACGCUGCUGAUGCGCCUCAUCGUCCCCGUCCCCCCGGCAGAGCCCACCCACCCUCCACUCCAACCCACGCCGGCGAACCCAGCCAGCCGCCCACGUCGCCUCCCGGUCCCGGCUUAGACCAGACUCAGAUUCAGAUGCACCUGCUCGACGACCUCCGCCAAGACCGCGGCGGCGCGGCCGCCCACACCGGCAGCCGCAGUCGCAAGCCGCCCCCGCCCCUUGCCGCCGCCGCCGCCGCCGCCGCGGGGGUCCCGGCGGGCUCCUCCACCGCCGCCACCGCCACCCACCUGGGCCCGGAGGCGGCGGCGCUGCUGGCGUGCGUCACGGCCACGCUGCUGCUGCUUCCGCUGGUCCUGCCGCCCCUGCCGCCGCCGCCGCCGCUCCUCCUCCUCGUGCCCGUCGCCAUCUUCGCCGUCCUGCUACUCCUCGUGCUCCUCCCCUCCGACGCCCGCGCCGCCGUCGCCACGCCCACCUCCUCCGCCUCCUACUUGUAGCAGUAGCUUAUACGUCUUGUUGUACAGGGUACUGGUACCUAGCUAGCUGAUCGAGUGAGUUGAGUGACAGAGUGAGUAGAGUGGAUUUUGGUAGGCGUGCAUGCAAAAUGUAAAUAAAACCAAACCCCAGCGCGGAUUCUUCU